CGAGACAACCAAAGUGCUGAUUACCCCGGACGCAGCAUUUACGCGCAGCUGACGCUAAAGUGGAUUUACUGAACACCUGUAUGGGGAAACCGUGAGGGUUUAUUCCGUUUUUCUGUCUUCUGCUGGGAACCAACUGGCAACUGGAAUGGAACUGAAUCUGUCGAAGAAUGUGAUUUCUUGUGGGGAAUCUGGUGGGAUGAAUUUGGACAGAAUUGCAGAGGCAGUGAGAGCACCGCCGCCCCGCGACGUGGCCCCCGCGUUUCAUUUACAGAGAACUUCAAACAGCAGUCGAGAAACUGUAGAGAACUCAAGCAGCGAGUCUUCAGACACAGAGUUGGCAGAAAAGGAAAGGAACGCUGAACACAGGAGCGAUGACGGAAACGCGGACGACCCCAAGAAGAAAAAACAGCGGCGGCAGCGGACUCACUUCACCAGCCAGCAGCUGCAGGAGCUGGAAGCCACGUUUCAGAGGAAUCGCUACCCUGACAUGAGCACCAGGGAGGAGAUCGCCGUGUGGACCAACCUGACCGAGGCCAGAGUCCGGGUGUGGUUUAAAAACCGCCGCGCCAAGUGGAGGAAGCGGGAACGGAACCAACAGAUGGACCUGUGCAAGAACAGCUACCUGCCCCAGUUCAGCGGCCUCAUGCAGCCUUAUGACGACAUGUACCCGGCUUAUACCUACAACAACUGGACCAACAAGGGGCUUACUCCGGCACCGCUGUCCACCAAGAACUUCACCUUCUUCAACUCCAUGAGUCCCCUCACCUCGCAGUCCAUGUUCUCGGCGCCCAACUCCAUCUCCUCCAUGACCAUGGCGUCCGGGAUGGGCCAUUCCGCCGUGCCGGGUAUGCCCACGCCAGGUCUGAACAACAUCAGCAACCUGAACGGGAUCGGGACAUCCGGCAUCAACUCAGCUAUGUCGUCGUCGGCGUGUCCUUACGGGCCUCCCGGCUCACCGUACAGCGUAUACCGGGACACUUGCAACUCCAGCCUGGCCUCUCUCAGACUUAAAUCCAAACAGCAUCCAACAUUUGGAUACAGCGGCCUGCAGAGCCCGGGCUCCAGCCUGAACGCCUGUCAAUACAACAGCUGACGGGCCAAAAGCGGGGCCCUAAAAAUACAAAGAUAUAAAUAAAUAAAUAUGUGAUAAACGGACACGGUGUCAUAGCUUAUGGGCUACCUGCGGAUUC